GACCCCUGUAUAAAGCCCUGGGCGUGCCACACUCAAAAUCAGACACCUCCUCGCACAGUUACCACUAAUAUCCUCGCCAAAAUGGUUCCAGCACCGUCCCUGGCCGGAGUUCAUGUCGAUAACGUGGCGUUCCAGCCCACGACGAAGGUUCCGGGCUCUGACAAGACCCUGUUCCUGGGCGGCGCAGGGGUGAGGGGAUUGGAGAUCCAAGGGAACUUCGUGAAGUUCACGGCCAUUGGCGUGUACUUAGAGGAUACCGCCGUGCCUUCGCUAUCCAUUAAGUGGAGCGGAAAGAGUGCGGAUGAGUUGUCGGAAUCCGUCGAGUUCUUCAGGGACAUCGUUACAGGCCCCUUUGAGAAGUUCAUACGGGUGACAAUGAUCCUGCCAUUAACGGGUCACCAGUACUCAGAGAAGGUCACGGAGAAUUGUGUUGCCUUUUGGAAAUCUGUCGGAAUUUACACUGAUGCAGAAGCCAAAGCCAUUGAAGAGUUUCUUAAGGUCUUCAAGGAUGAGAAAUUCCCACCUGGCUCCUCUAUACUUUUCACACAAUCUCCCAAUGGCUCAUUAACGAUUAGCUUCUCCAAAGAUGAGUCCAUUCCCGAAUCUGGGAAUGCAGUGAUAAAAAAUAAGCUACUUUCAGAGGCAGUACUAGAGUCGAUUAUUGGCAAGCAUGGUGUUUCUCCGGCCGCAAAGAAGAGUUUGGCUACAAGAGUAUCAGAGUUGUUGAAAGAUAGCAAUGAUAAAGAAGCUGAAAAUCAGAAAUUGAUGGCUGAAAAUCAGAAAUUGAAGGUCGAAAAUCAGAAACUGGAGGCCGAAAUUAAGAUAUUGAAGGCUGGAAACUCAGAAAUUGGAGGCCACAAAUAAGAAAAUUAGUGACCGAAAAGGUCACUGAAGAACACGAAUCAAUGGAGUUAAGAGGGAAGGAUGUCAAGGUUUAUUUUCUGUAGAAACGCAAGCUGUGUGAGAGUGGAGAUGAUGAUCUCAUUAGUAUUAAUAUUGCGCAUUUGUACUUAUUAUCACUAUCAAUAAACCGAGUGUUCGUACGUGAAUUGGAAAUCUGGUGUGUAUUCUGAAUUCAAAAAACUAAUACAUACAUACAUGCAUAGAUACUUUUAUAAUCUUAGCAAAAUUACUCAACAUCCCCAUAUCAUAUAAUAAAAGAUCAUGUGUGGUUUAUAAA